AGACAAUGAACUACACCGUGACCCGGAAGAAGACUCCUGUUGUUGCCCCACGUGUGUAGUGGUCGAAAUCAUGGCUGCGUGCAGCGUGGAGGAGCUGUUAGCGAAAGCCGAACAGGAGGAGGCUGAAAAACUGAAGACCAUCUCCGUCCAGAAGGAGCUGGAUUUGGACUUUGACGUGGGAAACCUGCUAGCUUGUGACAAAAACCGCAUCGAGUCCAGGGACUUCAAAGAGCAGAAUAAGGAAGACUUUCUCCGGUCGCUGGCCCGCGACAACACGCAGCUUCUUAUCAACGAAAUCUGGAAGGUGCCGACCGAGAGGGUCGAGGAGGCGAUCGUAGCCAAACUACCGGAGCCGACGACCCGGUUGCCCAGAGAGAAACCUCCUCCGAAGCCCAAACCCCCGACGAAAUGGGAGCAGUUCGCCAAACUGAAAGGCAUCCAGAAGAAGAAGAAGACGAACCUGGUGUGGGAUGAAACGGCCAAGGAGUGGAGGAGGCGCUGGGGCUACAAGAGGGCCAACGACGACACCAAAGACUGGCUGAUCGAGGUUCCGCAGACCUCCGACCCGAACGAGGACCAGUUCGCCAAACGCGCCCAUGCCAAGAAGGAGAGGGUGGCAAAGAACGAGUUCAACAGACUGAAGAACGUCGCCAGAUCUCAGAAAAUAAAAAACCCCGGUGUGGGGCUGCUACCCCGAGCCAAGCAAUCCAAAGACGAGCUGAGCAAAGCUGUGAGCGUGGCCAAAACCUCCACGGCAUCCGUGGGCAGGUUCCAGGAUCGCCUCCCAAAGGAGAAGCCCCCCAAGAACGCAGGCAAGAGGAGGAAGUUUGAGCCCCUCAUCGGGGACUUCUCCAGCGAGAAGCACAAGCAGCUGGAGCUCCUGAAGGUCAUGGACAGCAAGAGGCCCAAGCUGGACAUCACCAAAGCCGUCAACAAACAGAUGAGAGAGGAGGACAGGGAGGAGGCUGCGUCCAGGAAGAAGGGAGGCAAAGGGGGAGCCACCCGGAGGCCCAAGGGGAAGGGGGGCAAAGGAAAAGGAGGCAAAGCUGGAGGAGGGAAGAGGAGAGGGAAACCUGGGAAGCGCUGAAGAAAUUCUCUACAUCCUGCUGCUGCAGAGCUGAACUCUGAGGACCGAUUCCUGCUCCCCAUAGCUUUUUGACUGUACUGUUGACAGAAAAGCAAAUAUAUUCUACAAUUUAAAUACAAAA